CCGACUCAAAUGUCCCUCGCAAGGUGCCGUUGUGACGUCACACCCAAACAAGAAACAGUUCGCUGGUGAUUACUGCCUGAUUACUCAAACUAAAUUUCUCUUUUUACUUUACUCUGAUCAUAAUGUCUCAGGAUCCGUGGUUACAGAAUUAUGAUGCCACUUGUCGUCUGGCACAGGAAGUAGCAGAAAACAUUCAUGAACGAAACAGGCAACAGAGAACAGGGGGAAACCCUGCAAAGAUCAACAUGACACUACGUGCAUCCCUGCAGAAGCUCAAACAGAAUAUUGCCCAGCUUAAAGAGAGUUUGUUGCGAGCAUCGUCAGCUCGCCGCUUAAUGCAGCCAGAAGCUGACAGGAGGCAGAACCUUAUUGAUGACCUGCUCACAAGAGAGAAGCAGCUCAAUGCCACCUUCAGAGGAGACACCUCAGAACCUGAAUCUUCAAGGUCGACGUUGAUGGCCACAGGGUCAGGAACAACUGGAGGUGUUGCGGCCAACCCCUGGCUGAUCAAUGAGUCAGAGGAGACCAGAGGGCUGACCUUUGGCGAAAUCAAACAGCAGCAACAACGAGUCAUCGAAGUCCAGGAUGCAGGCUUGGAUGCACUCGCAGCUGUCAUCAGCAGGCAGAAGAUAAUGGGCCAGGAGAUUGGCAAUGAGCUGGAUGAACAGAAUGAAAUCAUUGACGACCUUACACAUCUUGUGGACAAGACGGACGAUAGGAUUCGUAACGAGACACGACGGGUGAAGCUUGUGGAGACAAAGUCAGCCUCCUGUGGGAUGCUGGUGGUGAUUGUACUGCUUCUUAUAGCCAUCGUUGUGGUCGCCGUGUGGCCUGUGUAGCUGACGAGGAUGGCAGUCAUCACGGACCUGUGUAGAACUACUACUACAAACACAGUUUGGUGCAGAAUACCACUUUUGCAUCGACAGUGCACCUGUAUGGUCUCAACAAACCUUCUUUCUUUUCUCAGUUCUUUAUCUUCAUAUUGAGGCAAAGGCCACUGGCCUUGCAGCAGUUACAUUUUUCUAUACAAAAAGUUGUUGGUUAGGUGAGAGGCAUUAGUAUCCCUGAACCGAAUGUUUUCUUUUCUGUUUAAGUGUUAAUUGUUCUUUUUAAAAGUCGUUCAAGUGUCUUGUUUAUUAAAUUCUCAAUGUAUUAAAUUGUUAAAUUAUUAAGAGGUUUGCCCGUCUAUUGAAAAAUAUGUUGGUGGUGAAGGUGGGAGCUUUUCUUUCACAAGUCUGUCUGUGGUCUGAGACUCACACUUGGUACAGUUAUUUUGCAACAUUUACACUAACUUAUAUUUACCCUUCCAUUACUGCAGCAACUUUAAUUUUGUCAUUUGUCUUUGGAUUUCAUAACGUUUCUAGAAUAGCUCAAACCCCCUAACCCCUAUAAAAACAAACCCCUCGGAUGUGUAACUGACAAGACUGUUUUCCUUCCUUGUAAAUCAAUUCAGCUUGUAAUUUCUAAUAAAUUACACUUCCAGUUAAUAGUC